GCACCUCUUUUAUAGCCAUUGGGCAGAUGGCCUAGAGAGGUGCUAUUUACAUUUUCAGUGACUGCCUAUUGGCAGAGAGGGUAAACCAAUAGGAGCGAAGCCCCUAUGGGCGACGCUCCACUCAUAGAACUGGGGUUACCAAAGAAACCAUCGAACUGCAGUUACGAAAUUAACUAUCGUAGUAGCAUUGAACUGGAGAUUACAUUUUAUUCAGGGAGGGAAUAUACUUCGGUGUUUUUAAAGAGAGAAUACUUCUGAUAACCGGAAUGUAGAAGUAUUCUACUGCUGAAAAGUAUUUUUUCACUGGUAGGUUUUUGAACGUUUUUUGAGGCUGCAGUAGCAUGGGCAUGGAUAAAGUUCAGGCGAAGAAAGAGGGGGGUGAGAUCAAGGACAAGAAAGAAGGUGAAGUGAUCCACCUGAGAAGGACAAUAGGUUUGCUUCCUGCAGUCAGCUUAGUCAUUGGGACUGUAGUGGGCAGCGGCAUUUUCAUCGCACCUAAAGGUGUCCUGAUGAACAGCGGUAGCGUGGGGCUGUCACUGGUGGUGUGGGCGCUGUGCGGAGUCCUCUCAACCUUCGGGGCCCUGUGCUAUGCUGAGCUGGGAACCACUUUCAAAAAGUCAGGUGGCCAUUACAUCUAUCUUCUGGAGACCUUAGGGCCCUUGCCUGCUUUCCUGCGACUUUGGGCGGAGUAUUUAUUCAUCAGGCCAGCCGUAGCGUCCUAUGUGGCGCUGGCGUUUGGACGCUAUGUGGUGGAACCGUUCUUCAUACCCUGUGCUCCUCCCCCUGUUCUGAUUAAACUCGUCAGCAUCCUUGGUGUGACAUUUGUGGUGGCAAUAAACUGCUGGAGUGUGACCGUGGCUUCUCGUACCCAGGUCACUUUGACGUUCAUCAAGAUGUUUGCCCUGAUCCUAAUCAUCGUUCCUGGCAUCAUUGCGUUAGCCAGAGGACAAACGGAGAACUUCCAGAAUGGCUUUGAGAUUGAUACACUUACUCUGGAUAAGUUACCAUUGGCCUUCUAUUCUGGUUUAUAUGCAUAUGGAGGAUGGUUUUAUCUUAAUUUUGUCACAGAGGAGGUCAUUAACCCAAAUAGAAACAUUCCUCUGGCAAUCAUCGUGUCUAUGGUAACAGUAACUGUGUGCUACGUGCUUGUCAACGUUGCCUAUUACACCAUGAUGACGGCAGAAGAGCUUCUUGUGUCGGACGCUGUGGCUGUGACGUUUGCCAGUCAUGCUCUUCACGGCUUGGCCCCUGUGAUUCCCGUACUGGUAGCUGUAUCCUGUCUCGGGGCACUGAAUGGUGGCUUCUUUGGAUCACCCAGGAUGCUGUUUGUGGGUGCCAGGGAAGGACACUGGCCAGUCAUCUUCUCAAUGAUCCAUGUUCGUAGAAGAACACCUCUGCCUGCUGUGCUGUUGCUGUAUCCCUUGGUGGUAGUGAUGUUGGUUAGAGGAGAGAUCUUCCAGCUGAUCAGCUUUGCAUCAUUCUCUCGGUGGCUCUUCAUUGCCUUAGCUACCAUGGGAAUGGUAAUCCAUCGCUACCGGUUUCCCCUACACCCAAGACCCUUCAAGGUGCCACUGGCCAUCGCAGUCACCUUCACGGUGGUGUGCUUCUUCAUUGUCGGGUUGUCCUUGUACUCAGACCCCUGGAACACUGGGGGCAGCUGUGCCCUAACCCUGUCCGGAGUCCCCGUGUACUACCUGACUGUGCAUCGCUCCCGCCUGCCCGCUUCAUGGAUGAAGGUCUCCAACUACUGCAAUAAGCAGCUGCAGAUUCUGCUGGAGGUGGCUCAGCAGGAAGUUCAGACCUACUGAAGACCCUGGCCUAAACCCGUCUUCAUGCACAGACUAGGCCUACUAGUGCUCUCCAUGUAGUAAUUUGAAGACCAAGGCAAGUUAUAUUGGAGAGGUUGAACUAAUUAACAUUAACUGUAUUUUUUUGGUCAGUAGCUUUCCAUUCCAUAGGGAACAGAUUUUAAUUUGCGUACUAAUAUCACAUUAAGGAAACGUGUGCAUUUUACCCCAGUGGUGUGCCUCCCACCAAACAUACUUUUGGGAUGAAAAGCAGUGCUUCAUGACGUGCACACAAAAUGAAUAUGUUUUGAUGUUUCUAAUUAAAAAAAAAUAGUUCAAUGUGUUUCUAUGAAAUUUUCUGCUAAAAAACGGAGUCAAAUAAUAAGCACCUGCGCUUCAGCUUGCAAAUAAGACAACUCUGAUAUACAAUGGUGAACCUGCCAGAAAGACAGAUUUUUUAAAAAUCUGGUCACGAUAGUGAAAAAGCAACCCUCUGUUUUCUAUUUUGUGUUCCAUUUUCAAAAAAAUACUUUUGCAUAAUGAAUUAAUGCAAAACAUAAUGAAUGUUAACUUAAAAAAUAUAGCUUUGCAACCAGAUGACAUUGAAGUCUCAAAACAAAUAGGGUCAGCGACCAUCAAAAUGGCUAACUUCUUUCAUUUUCUUAAUUUGUCAAGUUAUUACUUUUUAGGUUACAUUGUUACCUUUAUCAAUAUAACAAACUGCAGUAGAUUCAGGGACCUCUGCCCUAUCAUGAGUUAUUCUUAAAUAAUUGUCAAAUUAUUCGUUUUUAUUGCAUUCUUCUACCAAAGCCUAUAAUAGCUUUGACCCAAUAUAACUUACAUCAUUAUAACCAAAUACUAUAGAUUCAGUGACCUCUGCCCUACCUACCAUAAAUAUAAUGUAUGUAUUCUACUAAUUUAGCAGAUUAUACAUUUUGGAUAAUUUAUUUCUUCAUUCUAAUGUACUUCAUUCGGAAUGUGAAGGGUUUAUUCUGAGCACCCAUUAUAAAGGAAUAGACAGGUAUUUUAUUUUUUCAGAGAAAUUAUACAUUUGCAAUUAGGUUAAUUUAUUUUAAAUAUUGUUGGUUACAUUAUGUUAUUGAAAGUGAAAGAAACAUGGUCAGACAUGUUUUCUCUCGAUUUCACUCUGUCAAUCAGCAAAAGCUGCAUGUUAGAUCAGAUCCAUUAAUGUAUUACAAGAUUUUUGGCCAUUAGUAAAAGUGCUGCUGUGGAGCAAAAACAGGCUAAAAAUCCCAAGAACUUGUACUAUUCCUCAACUCCAACCACAAAUUAGAUAGCCCUAAACCAUUGAAUGACACUUUACAUUGUCUCAUCACUGACUAGCUCUGGUUAGAUGCUAACUGCAUUUCGUUGUACAGUACUUGUUCAAUGACAAAAUUGAAUCUAAUCUAAGCAACUCCAUCCAAUGAGGUGCCAGUCUGACACUUGACUUUUUUGCAUUAAACUGUGGGUGAAUUCAACCCUGCAACAGAGGGGGCAGCUUUUGUACAUUGGACCAGCUCUUAAGAUGGCAGUCAAAAUAGGCUGGACUCAGUUCGUAUACAUAUGAACUGAGUCCAGCCUAUGUUUACAGACACAUGCCCUAUAUCAUCAAAAACUCUUGGUUUCAAACAUGGAAUUUCAUGGCUAACUGAGCUAGGAUAGCAAUUCUACUUGGACUUUGCACAUAUAAACCACAUAUUACACAUCCAACCCAAAUAAAGAUGUUUAAAAAAUUGUAUAACAUGCUGCUUUUUGAAAAAUAUUCAAAACAAAUGUUAUCAUACUGAUGUGUUACUUAAUAAAACAGAAACAAAGA